AUGGACAACUUCCUCAAUACGCAACUGCAUCCUGCAGACACUUGCAACAUCUGCACCGAGCACUUCAACGCAACCCAUCAGCCUGUGGCACUUCCCUGCAAGCAUAUAUUUGGUCAUGAGUGCAUCAAGAAGUGGCUCAAAGGCGGCAGGGGAAACAUGAAUGCUUGUCCAACUUGCCGUUAUGUAGUAGUUCCCAAGCCAAACCCACGGGCAUCCUUCGACGCGGCCUCCAUUUGGAAAACAUUAUGCGACCAGCCGCCCGAGCGUCUUCAUACCUUCAUGAUGAAGAUAUGGUCUGGCUUAGAGAUACUCUGGCAGCGACAGCCCAGCGGUGCCUUCACAGUGACUUCCAUCCUCGACCAAGCCAUCAUCCCCGCCCUCAUCAACACCGCACACCGUACCAACGCGCCCGACGAUCGGCGGCAAGACUCUCUCCUGGAUUGUUAUAAUCUCGUCGCCGCAUCUUGGGACUCCUUAGGCCGCCCAGAUAUAGCGACUGGUCUUGCAAUCCCGCUGGUUCGACUUGCGCGUUUAAUGGCCAGCGCAGGUUCUGUACUACCGAAAUGGCUAACCACGAAUCCGCGCGCAAACAAACUGGUAUGGCGCGCAAACGCCUGCUUACCUAUCGGGGAAGAAGACAUAUCGUGGCGCUACAUCAUCGAAGCUUCUCACCAAACCGAGUCUCCCUACUUCCCCUUACUGUACCUCUAUACCGUGCUUAUCAGCCAGAGUAUCGCACAUUUUCCUGCGCCAAGGCCGUACCCAACCAAGCGCCAUGAGGUCAUGAACCUGGUGGUUGAACGUUGUUGUACGAAGAUUGGUGGUGGCGGAGCUGCUUGGAAGGGCAAGCCGGGUGAUGGGCUCGAGGAUGUUUUGGUGGGAGUGUAUGACGAACUACGAAGGUAUCAACUGGAAAAGGGCAAGAUGAGUCUGCGAGGUCACGACAGAGAGGAUGCGGUUGUCAAAGGCAUAUGGGCUCUCGCUGGCUGGGGCGGUGGAAAAGGCAAUACGCGCUGA